AUGCCGCUGAUGACCUUAGAAUUAGAAACAUCUUUGCAGGAGAAAACUGUUCUUUUGUGACAUGCACGUCUAACGAGGAAGCUCAUGAGGAGUCCAACAGUGCUAGUGUCAGCAAUGAAACACAGCCCUGUCUUGAUGGCAUGAUUGACAAAUGGACCUCUGAAUGUGAUGCAAAGGCAUGGAAAAAGAUAAAACAGGAAAUUCACAGGACAUUUUCCUCUGCAUCUUGUGUGAAUAAAAGCUUCCUAGAGCAAAGAAAAGAUAAACACUUCCAGACUUCACCAAAGUACUCUGGCGUGAACUUGUCACUUGCACGAAUUGCUUUCAAGAAACUGGUGAAGAAGGACAAUGUUUUAGCAGAGGUUGAGGAUGCUCUGCUGCACUUGCUUCGUUCCCUUGAUAAGAAGCCAGUGGGAGUGGAGGGGUUGAGGAUCUACCUGCUUCUCAAUGAGCUUCUGCACGUGAUCCAGAAACACAACAAGAGACAUACGAGCACAAAGCUUGCUGAGGCAUUCGCUGCUACCGUACUGAGUUUGUCGGCUGACAGCCUCCAGGUCAUAGGGGACUGGUGGUCCUCACUGUCACCCACCACCAUGGUUAAACAUGUGAAGGUAUGGAAGCAGGCCCUCUCAGUGAUCCUGUCCUUUGAGCCUGUACCUCGCAACUCUGGAGUCAGAAACCUGCUGCAAGUCCUCCAGUAUAUGUACAAUACCAACAGCAGGAUUGCAGAACCUCGAAGGAUGCAAGAAAGUGAUUUUUGUUUGUUGAUUGACAAACACUUUCUCGAUGAGGAUCUGCGGCAUUGGCGUUCACGGUCACAACGCAAGAACAUGCAUGCUGAGCCACUUAUCCUCUGUAGCUUUCCCCUUGUGAUGGAUCUGCAGUCAAAGAAAAUGGUUUUUGACAUGAAUGCUGAUUACACCAAGUUGGAAACAGUUCAACGCAUCAUCUUUGAUAGUUUAUUUGGAUAUGAAUGCUAUUUUCCACUACCUGAAGAAGUAUUCUUUGAACUGGACCUGAAGCGGACAUCGGUUUUGGAGGACACCUUUGAACAACUGGCUACUGCUGAUCACAGUGACUACAAGCUGCCACUUGUGGUUUAUUUUGAUGAAAACCACACAAUCGAUAACAUCUACAGUAAAGAUUUUUUUUACGAAGCGUUUCACGAGAUGGUGUCACCUGAAUCUGGGAUGUUCAUGUUCAAUGACUCUGAAACGCUGGCAUGGUUCCCUUCCAGAGCGACACAGGACGACCAGCGAUACUUCCAGUUCGGGAUUCUGUGUGGAUUGGCUUUAUACAACCAGUGCAUCAUAUACUUGCCCUUUCCACUGGCUCUGUUCAAGAAGCUGCUCAGUGUAAAGCUUUCACUGGAGGAUAUGAUAGAAUUCAGCCCAUGUGUUGGAAAGAGUUUACAGUACAUUCUGGAAGACUGCAAUGAUGACGACUUACAAGACCAGGACAUGUAUUUUUCAAUCACCUGGGAUGGGACAAUGGUUGACCUUGAUCCUGAAAAUCCUGAAAAUCCAGUGACAAAUGAAAAUAAGAAGGAGUUUGUAGAUGCCUACGUGAAUCAUGUCUUCAACACAUCAGUGGAGGGUGUGUUUCAGGAGUUCAAGCGAGGCUUCUUCCAGGUGUGUGACCGAGAUUUGGUAAAGUUGUUCCGACCAAAGGAGCUGCAGGCAGUGCUGGUGGGAAAAGACUUCCAUGACUGGGCAAAGCUGAAACAGAACACAAGUUAUGAGGGGGAGUACCACAUUGACCAUCCUACCAUACAGAUGUUUUGGGAGGUUUUUGAUGAACUAAAUGAGGAUCAGAAGAAAGCGUUCCUUUGGUUUGUGACAGGUUUUGAAAGGGAGCCUAUUCUUGGCAUGGAAAAGAUCAAGAUGAAAGUCCGAGUGAAGGAAGUCCAGGACCUCUCCUAUGACCAGUACUACCCUGAGACACAUACAUGUUUCUCAGAACUGGAGCUGCCCUUAUACUCAACCAAGGAGAUCAUGCAAACCAAGCUGACAGAGGCCCUGAGCAACCAUAAAAAAAUGUACUAGUGGGGCUGUACCAUGACCAUCUACUGUAUCUCUACUGAACAGAGGACUUUGUAAAUGGCUGACCAAAGAGUAGCCUUUGUGGCUACUGUAACUGUGUAUUGACAAACAUGAUGGGUUUAAAAGUCUUUAUGAUGAAGAUGAUGUGUGUGGUGGGUGUAUAGCAAACAUUCAGUAUAUACUGUAUAUAAAUAAUUUGCAGAGAUGUUUUACGUAAGUUAUUUGAUUGAUCUCCUGCGUCACAGUGUUAGUGACUUUCUUAUUUUGGGGCCAAGUUUAACAAAAUAAAUGUAUACAGCAAAUCUUAAUCCUCUAUAGAGACUGUGCAUGUUUGUUGAGAUGAGUGAAAUGAGUGAAUUUUUAAAACAUUUUUAAUGUUGGAGCAGUCAAAAAUACAUUCUUCUAUGCAUCUCAGCUAUGGAAUAACGGCUCAAACUGAACAUAGAUAUACACCUUAAGACAGAGCAAAUGUUAAGUUGUGAAACUGUGUUCCAGGUUAAUAGUUUAAUUCAACUGCAGAAUCUCUUGCAUAUCUCCAGACAAUAAGACUUCGAGCAUCUGUUUUUUAUCCCAGUGACUGAGGGUGCAUACAUUGAUUGUAAAGAGAAAAACAACAGUUUUUCAUGGAAGAGCAAACACACUGCAAAGAAGAGUUCACUGCUGCGGAUAGCUGGGUUAAUAUAAGUCGAAGUGAAAUAACUCAUGAGAAAACACUUAACAUGAACGUGACUAAACUUAUGACUAAAUAAACUUGAUGAGACACAACACACUUCUUGAAGAGCCUCUUGUUUUCUUUCUCCUCCACUUCAUUUAUCAUUUUAAAUAAUAAAACAGCAAACAGUCCACUUUAUUUUACUCUUGGACUUGUAUUUUCUGUAUGUAUGAAUAAUAUUUGUUAUUGUUUUAUUAUUUGUUUUUCCUCCUUUGCUUUAAUGUUUCGUUUGUGUGUAUUUUAUGUUCAGCAAUGUGUAAUGAUAUAUAU